AUAUUUCAAAGGAAUGUUAUAAUACGACGGUGUUUUUCGGUCGAAAAUGCCACCCUGUCUUUGCCGGCGGGAGUUUCACAAGAGGCAUUUUUACUACAGAAUCGCUUUGACAAAAUGAGCUCAAAGAUUGCUUCUCGUAAAAAAAGUAAACGGAGACCUCGAUAUCUGCAGGCUUUGAGGGAUUUUACAGCAGCAGAUGCUUGCUUUUCUGAUGGAGCAAAUCCUCUUUCGUUUCACAUAGGUGAGAUUUUUACAUUUCUCAGCCGCAGGGACAACUAUUGGGUGAAUGUCGAGAGGACGGUUUGGAAGAACAAUCCUUUAUUAAAGACUAAAGAUUACCCUACGACUGAGCGGGGAAUCGUACCUGUUGACUACGUGAUCGAGAUGGAUAGUACAACAAAACAAAAUGGAAGACUGUCAGCGGCGAAAUCAGAGGAUUGCUUGGUUUCUACAAGUGAGGAUAGCCACGACGACUUUUUCAAGGUAAGCUUAACUUUAGUUUCGACUUUGUAAGAUAUCAUCUUCCGUGCCAAUUGCAUUCCUUUUACAAUACUACCUUUGCCUCCAAGAAAAGCAACAGAAUAGCAAAAUUAAUGAUAUAUUUGAAAUGGUCUUCUCGAUACCUGAUGAUCAAGUAAUUAUAUAAGCCCACCGCGUUCUGGAACAACUUAAAUAGUUUAUAUAUUCAUUCUCUUCUUCUCAUUGUGAAACCGUUUGAAAACAUAAACAUAACUCAAACACUUUACGUCAUUAUAUUUAGCUAUAUAUUAUUUCUACCUGUCCGUGUCGAAAAAGAUUUUAUUAACGGGGAUCAUCUUAAUUAACUCCAUAUGAUAUAAGUUAAGAAAGUAUUUUCGACUUCCUUUUUUUUCUAUGCAGAAAAUGUUUUUUGCCGAUUUCAUAAGCCGGAAAAGUUAACAAGAAACUGUAGGUCAUAAAUAAUAGAUGUGUGAGAAGAUUGAACUUAUGAUGCCGGUUUUUGUCGAUGUUAAUAUUUUUUCUUCAAUAUUGAUUUUAUUAACAGAAUUAAUUAAAAAAUUAAAACUUUAAAGUGUGAAAUUUAUGUUACUCAGGGCAAAUGGGAUAGGACUGGGUGUUUAUUCUAAUUUCCGGUCAUGUAACACUCCCCAUUCCAUGCUGAUUAGUAUCUGGAGCUAAGAUGUCUGAGUCAUUAAAUUAAAAAAUAAGUUGUCUAGACCUGUUCGCCCUUGUCUAGCCUGUGUACAGCCUUUGCGGGAAAAUGGUGUCCUCUCCAAAUUUUACUGAUGAGAUGGGUUCUUCUUCAGGAGAGAGGUCAGGAAUGUAUUCUCACAGUGAAGUAAAGUGCAUACUCUUGUUUCAGGCUAUUGGUUAGCUUGAUUUUGCAUGCAAGAGCAAGCAUUGAAGAGUCCUUAAUUUACCUUGAAAGCAUCCCAAAAACAGGGUUGCCACAGUCAGGGAAAAGUCAGGGAAAACUGAAAAUUUUUCAAGGUCAGGGAAAAGUCAGGGAAUUUUUUAAAAAGUCAUGGAAAAUCUUUGAUAUUGUCAAAGUCAGUGAAAAUUCAGGGAAUUCUGUUUUUCAGUUUAUAGUUCAUAAGUUUUCUUCAAGAUUUUGAAAUGCAUUUUCUUUUGGAAAAAAAUGAAAAGUAUGCUGCAAAGCAAGCAAAGCAAUCAAUUUAACACUCUACGUCUGACACAUGUAUUAGUUGUGGUCAGUGGUUUUCAUUGUGAAUGCUUUCUUCCAAAUUCCUUGUUCCUCUUUCCCCCGAAAAGCGGAAAGAGGUUGAAAAUGAAGAGAAAACUGUCAAUGGCCUGCAAAAAAAGCUAAGGAGAAUGUAAACAUGGAUUGUUUCUCAUUAAUAGAAGGUCAGGAAAGUGGCAACCCUGAAAAAGUAAACGUAGGCAUGAGCACAAGGGACAAAUUUUUCCUCUUUUUGUGCAUGAGAUUGAGCUUGUGCAAUAUUCAUUUCACUGGAAAUGAAACUUUUGGGUUAUCCCUUGUGCCUCAUGCUUGCGUUCCAAGUAACAAACAUGUUUAAUAGAUUUUUGAUAAGAAAAAAUGAUGUUACCAUCAAACUAAGUUCAAUUUGGCCUGUUACUGAGAAAUCAACAACGAUUGUAAGGAAACUAAUUCGUUGUUAAUUUUCUAGGUUAAAAGUGAGAGAGAUUGUCUGGCUGAAGAGGUAGAACAGCUAAAGAGGAAGCUUGAUGAGGCUUACAAGGAGAAUGCUGCCCUUCAUGAACGGUUAGUGCCAUGUAUGAUCUCAGAUCAGUACACGUUUCUCGGAAACUGCCCGCCUACCCCUCCCCUAAGUCAACAUUUUGCCCUGAGUGAAAAGUAAGUGUUAAUGUUGGCUUAGGGGAGGGGUAGGUGGGCAGUUUCCCACAAACAUAAAUUGAUCCGUGAUCUCUGUGUAGGAAUAGACCCUUCCAGGGUUUUUUUAAAACUUUUGAUGAGACCAGUAAGCAAAUAUCAAUCAUCAGUGCUGGAAAGCGGACCUUAGGUAACUUACUAAGUUUAAAGGUGAUACAUUCAAAGAGACCAAAGAUAUUGAUGUGCAAAGUCACGAAGUUUACAGACAUUUGUGUGGUGAGAGGAACAAACUUGCUCCCCUCCAUACAAUUGUCUGUAAAAUUGUGUGACUUUGCAGAGUUAUAUCUUCGUUCUUUUUCAAUAAAUCACUGUCAAACUUGGCAACUUUGCUGAUUUUAAGGCGUUCUGUCUAGCAGUAUUGACAGAUUUUUGCAAACUAGUUGCGAUAAAAAGGUGAAAAAAUUGUGGAAAGAACUAUACCAUAAUAGGACAUUGGAGUAUGCUAGGGCUUUGAACUACAGAUAGUGAGAUAGGUUGAGAACACUGUACAUGAGAUCUUGAAACAGAGAUAAAAGGUGUGAUUUAACAUGACAGUGCAAAGCACUAGAUUGCCUGGGACUACAACUGCCUCUCAUCUCGCCUCUUGCCAUGUAUUCAGCACAUAAUUUUGAGACAACAAUGAAGACAUUGACUUUGUUUUGCAUUAUUAUAUCCAGUGCUUCCAGGUUUGUUUGUUCAUUUAUUCAGAAAUCGUCACUUUUCAGUCAAGUUAUGUUUUCACAAAAUAGGUUACUGGUAUAAUGAAUUGUUAAGUAAAGAAAUCUUGACCACUGAUAGAUAGAAAUAAAACUUCUGAGCAUCAUCAAGGUGCUGCUGAAUUUUACAGCAGUGCUAGUAAUCCUUUCGUGUUGUCAAACUUAAAGUCCACUGAGUUGCAUGUAUGAUGCGGCACCAAAGUUAAAACAGCAUUUUAACAACAUCUGACUUCUACAUGUGUGUAGUAUUUGAUACAAUUGACUUGGUUGUGAUUAGUUGAACCAGUUUGGGUUCUUAUUGAGGCAUAGAACUUACCUCGGGAACUGUCAUGGGGAAUUCUUUUGUUCUUUUUUGCCUAUCAGCAUUGCAGUUUCUUUCAAAGCUAACCUAGGGCUCAAAAAAAAGGCUUGAAUUCCAGGUGUCCUUUGGGCAAGAAGCUCUGUUAUUAUGCCUGCCCAGGACCACUUUGUCAAUGAUUGUGUUAGCAGUUGACCUGCCUGGACCCUUUCCCAUUGGACAAGUAAGCUUUAAAAGUUACUUGCCUAGGAAGAAAAUCUACUUGUCCUGGUCUAAUAGGCGGGACUUGCCCCCUGGAUCCCUUUCUGUAACAAAACAAUCAGGCUAUGCAGUUGAACUUAACUUUCCCACCCCCCUCUUAAUACAGACACCAAAUUAUUAAUGUGGUUAAAUGUAAUUUAAGCUAAGUUAAACGCGAAACAAUGCUGGUCUGGGGUUUCCCUUGUCUCGGUCAUGCGCAGUGGUGGGGGAUCUGCAGGGGGUCGCGUGGUUUUACAGCUUGGGUUUUGAGGUCAACUCAUUUGCGCGUGCACUUUUGCCUUUUCGACGGUGCUUGGCGACUUUACUCCCCGCCCUUCCCUCCCCCUGUUCCGUUAAGUAUGUGGUAAGUAUCAUGGUUCCACUGUCUUCUGUCAGUGUGACGGUGCCUGGUGGUUGCCGCUCACAGGGUUGUCAUGGUUACCCUACGCGCUCGGCUCCGGUGCUCGAGGCCCCACCAUCUGUCCAGGCACCUUCCCCAAGCUCAUCUAUUGUUGAUGAGUUUAAUGGACAGUUUGCUCUGUCCCUCAGGAACAAAAGCCCAUACAUUUUAUCUAAAUUCAACCCACUUAAUACAGACACCCCAUUAACCCUUUAAGUCCCAAUGGUGACCAACAACAAUUUUCUCCUAACAAUAUCCAUAUGUUGCCAAGAGAAAUGAUUAUGAGAGUUAUUAAAAUGAUCACCAAAGAAAAAAUGCUUUGAUCUGUUAUCAAACUCUCUCAACUAUUUUUUUAAGGAAAUGUAUGAAGGUCAGUAUGGAGAAUUUAUAUGUAGAUAUCGGGGCUUAAAGGGUUAAAACUGACUCUUUCUAUGAUCCCUCAGUGUCCGUAUUAACAGGAUUUGACUGUAUUAAAUGAUGAAAAUCAGGCUUUUGGAUAUUGGAUAUUCCAUCUUUUAUUAAGAUGUAAAUUCCCUAACGUUACUAUUGAUUUUUAAGGUCAGCACAAGAAUACAAGAACAAUUUACAGCUAGUUCAUCAGCUGUUAUCACAGUAAGAUACUUGCAAGCCACUUCUAAUGAGAACGUCUGCAGUCGUCACCCAGUCGUCUUACGUUCACCCCUGUCAUACGUGGUUAACCAAGUCUUAUUGAUUUAACUGGCUGAUGAAUGAAGCUAAUAUUUUCUUUAAUAAUUAACAUAAAAUUAAGUUAAUACCACUAAGCAUGAGAAAUCAACUUAUUUAUCAGAUGAUUAUCAUUAAUUUGCUGUGUGGCUAAAUAAUUAUUAUUUUAAGUUAAUUUUGCUACUGCAUGUCAUUGGGUUAUGAUAUUGUUUUAAUAAGAUGUACUAAUGCUGUUUAUACCUGGGGCGCUUUCCAUUUAACCAAAAUUCUGGUUUGAAAUUUCGGAAAUUCCACGUGCCCAAUGGAACAGUACAUUCCAGUUGCACAGACCCGACCCAAGCCACCGUGCAUUUGGUUAUUGUUCUUGUAAGCAGGAUACAAAAGAGCGGUACUGAGGACAACAAUUUUGUCAAAUGGAAAGGGACUUUUCGGUCCAACCAACUGAAAUGACCAGACCAGUCAAAGAGGACCACCUUCAAAGCUAGUCCUGAAUAUUCUGGUUGGAUCAAACCAUAAUGGUCCUUUCCAUUUGAUGUAUUAACCAAUAUUUCCGGAAUUUUGGGUUGAAUGGAAAGUGCCCCUGACUGCAUACUUUUUUUGUUAGUUAAUUAACUUCUCCCCGUUUUUAAAAAGUUGUUUCAGUGUUAGAUCCGGGAAGGUAAACAUAAAGCUGUGAGCAUCAACUUACUCUGUAUUUCCACGCUAGUCAUAGAAAAUUAACAGAUACAAGAAACCUAACUCAAAAUCAGGAGCUGUGUUUUCCUCAGUUCGUGACUCAAGUUGCCCCUGAUGUUCACCCGUUUUGCAAUGCAAUUAUCUUAUCUAUUAUUGUUUUGGUUCUAAUAGGUAUUAUGCUGUUGGAGAAGUAGUGGUUACCUCAAAAGAAGAGUUGGCAAUUGCACAACAGUCUUUAAUAGAGGUAUAUGCUACAUAUACAUCCAUCUAAGUAGUAUUAUGUCCUGUUAGUAACUGUACUGGGCAUAAUUCAGUCUGGGGGCUGACUGCCAAAAGUGAAAGCCCCUGGAAUACUCCAGGCACUCCAUUCAGCGACACAGUUGUUAAUAGAGUUUAAUCUCCAUGAAAUAACACAAGGACCGCUCACUAAAUGGUUUAUCACAGAGUGUUGUUAUUCCACUCAUUUGUUGUUUCAGCGUAAGUAUUAGUUACAGCCAAGGCAAAGUGCAAAGUAUGUCAUGGUAAUACCGAAUAAAAUUCUUCAUUGCACUCUAAAAUCCCAGUUUGAAGGAACUUGUGAAAUGAUUAGUUUAGGUGCAUCAGAUUCUAACAAAAUUAGCAGACUAUGUAUUUAUUUACUGAGUGGGAGGGCUGGAUGGGUAGAUAUUUGGCUUGAGGUCCAUGUGUCCUGACUGAGAGCCAAAUAUUUUCCCGCCCGGCUUGACCUAACUCAGUCAAUAAGAAUUUUAUCGUAUGACCAUUGUGUUUGAAUUUUUUGUAACGGAGCAAACCAGCAUCAAUCAGGAUGCUUUUCUAGCAGUGCCAUAAGCGGAACCUUUUAUUUUUCAUAUGGUUUUCCAACAAAAUUGCACACAGGGCCAUUCAGGUCACAUGAUAAAAAUUUAUGUACUUUUUUUUUCUUCACUACUGUGUGAACUAUCUGGCUUUUAUCUUUAUGUCAUAACAGGGGCCUAUCUUUUAGUUGCAUUAUUGUUGUUGUUGUUUUUUUCUUCAUUCCUAGUAGUCCACUGUUGUAGCAUGAUCUUGCUUUGCUUGUCCCUUGUUCAUUUUACAGGAACAACAAAAAAGUCAGAAGUAUCAAAAGCAGCUAGAAGACAUAAAGACUCAAAUAAACAAAUCAGGCAAUAAAUCAGCAGUAUGUAUUCUGUACAGUCCAUAUAUUUAUUCUAUCUUUUUUCUGUUCUCCUAGAUGUCUCAUUUACUGAAGGUUCAAUAAUUUUAUUAUUAAUCUAAUAAUGAUUUUGGAGAAAUCCUUGGUAUUCCUACAAAGUGGUGUUUAUUUCUUUUUUUAUUGUUUCCUUAUUACAGAUCAAACUUUUGGAUAAAAUACUUCCAAAAGAAAUAAAACCUCAGGCGAAUGGAUUCAUUUCAAAAGUAAGUAGUCAUGUUUUGUUACAUAAGAUUACAUAAGAUGAGUUCCUGCAGGAAUAUAUUUAAGGGGGCCUCAAGUGUGAUCACCCAGUCCUUAAGGUAAUGUUACAGGAGCCGAUUUGCAAUGACGAUUUUUAGCUCAACAAAGCGUUACAACAUUGUUGCAACAUUGUUUUAAAUAGUUACAACAUUGUUGAUGUUCCAACAUUGCAAGGCUGUUGUACACUAAAAAUUGUCAUUGCAAAUUGUCCCAUGUAACAUCACCUUUAGAAAAUGAACCAACCACUCCCAUGGCUGGUGAUCUCCUCAACCUAGCCAUGAGUCAUCUGAGCACCAGUCAUGCUGUGUUGACAGAGCCAAAGGAAAGACAAGGAGGCAAGAAUGAAACCAUGAACUGACCAACACUUCAACAUGCAGAAAAUAAUAUGAUAAUUAUGCUUCAUCCUGCUACAAUGAGGAGUGCUCAGAGCAAGUGCCAAUAUUUUUCUACUGCUGAGAGCAAUAAACAUACCACCUGCUUUGUCCUUAACUAUAUUGAACAAAAACCCAGGCAGGUGGUGGUUGAGGAUGCAAUAUUUUGUUGAUAAUAUUGUUGUUGCUGUUGUUUGACUGUUCUUACCAGUAAAAAUUAAAUUUUAUUAAUGAUCACUGUAAUGAUAACUUUUUCAUUAUUUCUGCAGACUAAACCCGCCAGUUCUUCAGAUGACCUGAUGUUGUCCUGUGCAAUUUGCCAUGAAAAAAUGAGGUCAUUAAUUUUUAACCAUAAAGAUGGGAAAUGUUUAUUAAUAAACCUAGUGUGAUUCUCAGUUUCCCUUGUCCUUGUCUUCUAUGAUUGUGAAUUAUUUACUAAGAGUAGGGAGACAAAAAAGGGUAAUGAUUUUGUUGAUAAUCAUGAAUAAUUUGGACUAGAAGACAAAAGAAAUAGUGGAUAAAACUAGGUUGAAAUCAUUUUAUAGCCUUAAUUUGAACUACAACAUUGAUAUAUGAAUAGCAUAUAUUUCAUCUUUUUCAUUAUUUCAAUAUUAUUUUCAUUUGUAAUAUUAUUGGCCUCCUUGUUUACUACAGAGUUGCUGACCUGGCUUCGCACUCCAAGGUGUGUUCACCCAAGGACUCAGGGAAAACUCUUACCACGUGAGUUAAAAAUUAAUAUCCCACUUUGUUUAAAUGUGACUAAAUGAAAUUUAGUGUAAGUUAGACUCAAGACAUUGCUGACCAGUCCUUCGUCUGAGAUUUAUAGUGAUGCUCGCAUUGCUUUGCUGGGGCAUUUGAGAAUUUACAGAUUCUCAGUUGAGGUCACCGUAUAACGUUCAUUUGAAAAUUGUAAUUUGUUUACCCAUGAAGCACUUAGGAGUUUUUAUGAACUCGUUAAAGGUUUCCAUGCAUUCCAGAUUUGAAUUAAAUAUGGAAGUGUUGGUUUUGAGGAGAGGGGAAAGCCGGUAACCCGGUGAAAAACCUCUCGGAGCAAGGGAGAGAACCAACAACAAACUCAACCCACAUAUGGCUUCGAUGCCAGGAUUUGAAGCCAGGUCACAUUGGUGGGAGGCAAGUGCACCACCACUGCACCUGACUCAUCCCAGUCAUCUUCACGUGACGCACGUGGCAGGAGCUGGGGGGUGAUGGGAAGGGAAAAGGGAGGAAGACCUCUCUCCUCCUCUCUUUCCUCCUUCUCAUCACACCCCUCGCACCACUAAGGAGAGACAGAGAGAAACAACUGGGGACGAGUCAGCCACUACAACACCCUUGCUCCAAUACUGAUGAGUGGAAAAUGGAGGAUAAAAAUAAGUCAAGGUGACAGGGCAUAUCUAUGACCAGAUGACAAAAUAAAAGAACAAAACCCAACAGGAACUGUCUCUUCAGCACCCAGAAAUACCCACACUGUCGCUUUACGUUGCUCAUGCUCGUUAAGUGUUCUGCUCUGUACCCAACCCUCCACUUUGAUAAAUAUUGGCAAGUACGCUAAGGUGUCACCUGUUAGCAGUGUGAUGGAGUCUGGUUUGAUGCCACUCCCAGGGUUUUCAUGCUUAUGCACUCCUCUCAGCUGCUGUUUUUUCUCCACUAACCAUGGGGUAUUUACAGGAUGUUUGUCACAUGCACCUGGCUUAAUGGCCUUAGUUAGCUCCCUUGAGUAUCCUGUAGCUCAGUGGUAGAGCAAUUGAACUUUUAUUCCUCCUUUCCUUUAGUUAAUCUUAUAUUUUUGGUUAUUGUUUUUUCUAGUCCAACAACACCUUCAUCAGACUUACUACGAGUUACAGUAACAAGUUCUGAAACUGAUGAGCAAAAUGCAACCUUUAAAGUUGUAACAAAGGUAAGAAACUUCUAUAAACCUACAGUUGCAUGUAAAGGAGUGAGUUUAACUGCUUGUCCCCAUAGGACGUUGCAUCCUUGAAUCCACGAUGGAAAGUGUUUCUGUCGAUAAGCUAUUUGCGUGAUGAUGUCAUUUUACUACCAUGACCUUAAUCCUUCAAAGGUUCGCUUUCUUGUGCAAAUUAGAGCUUUUGUUAUAUAAGCCUCGCUGGGAUAACCAAAUUUAAAUAGUCCUAGUAUUCAAAAUAUUUCCAAGUUUAAAACAUGCUUGCCAAUCAGGGACAUGUCAAAAACAUCCCGUAUGUCCCUUUCCCAUUGCUUUCUCAGUCUUCCUCUUUCUCUUUUCCCAUCCAUCUUUCCAUCCAAGAUGAUCUUUCCCAAGCCCUCACUGCUUUUCAAAUUGCCAAAAUACUUCAGUUUAGCAAGGAAAUCCUGCUUCUUGUUGAAUUAAAUGCGUCAUAAUUUCUUAUCUAAUCUCCAAGCAACAAGCUCGACUUAAUGCCUUUUUAAGAGCAUUCUUGUUAGUUCUGUGCUCUGUCCAGGACAUUUUUAAAAAUUAUCCUGUAGCACUUCAUUUCAAAAGCACUAAUUCUUUUUAAAGUUGUUUUCCAAGUGUCCACAUCUCACAGCCAUAUUUAGCUAAGGGGAAAACGUAUGUUGUACAAAUUCCUAGUCUUGCUUGAGGAUCUUGACCAUUCCACAAGAAUUUCAACUUUGACAGCUUGUUUGUUGCUAUAGCAAGCCUUUUCUUUAUUUUCUCUGACCCCUCUCCAUCUCCAGAUAUUGUAGAUCCCAGAUAAAGAUUUUUGAGAACCCAUUCCAAGAUUUCACUCUUUACUUUUAUUUCUAUUUCACAAUAUUCCUUUGUUUGUUGGUCUUCAUAAGCUUGGUCUUUUUACUUUUAAAUUCAGGCAUUUUCUCACCAUUAUGUUUGUCUACUGCCUCAACUAGAUAAGAUAAUCUCCUUGCACAAUGGGAUUGCAAGAAAGUAUCAUCUGCAUAAUGCAGAUCUCAGAUUUUAUGUUCAUGGAUUCAGCUUGUUGAAGUCCAUUGAUCCCCCAUCUUUUCCAUCAUCUCUCAUAUAAAGGAGGAAGUAAAACCAAGAAAUGUAUUGGAGGAUAGUAUGGAGAAUUAUGCAUGUUAAUGUUAUUUAUUAGCGUUAAUUUGCACUGUGAUGUUUUAUCUGUAGACUACCUUAGAAGACUAUAAAUUUUCGGACUAUGAGGUUCAUCGCAGUGAGGCUGAUUUUGAGUGGCUUCAAUCUGCCUUUGAAGAGUCUUGUCCUGAAAGAAUUAUUCCUCCAAUGGUGACACACUCUUCAUUACAUGGUAUGUGGCAUUGUCCCAAUUUUCGUAGUGAAAGCCCUUUAUUUGAAACCUAUCGUAAAUGACUUCCUCUCACAAGUGACUGCGACCAAUUUUAGCUUGAUGGUCUUAUAGUUUUUCAUUGUUUUUAACCCCCUGUAAGCUACUACUUGGCACAAUGUUCACUGGACAUGUAUGUAACAUGCCGCUCAGAGUAUACAAAGGAAUUUCAGUAGCAGCUUGAAACUCAAGAAACUACAUGACUAUAGCAGAUGUGUCAGGACCUAUUCUUGGAAGAGGCCCUCUGUUUUGUCAAUUCUCAUAUAAAGCGAACACUAAAUCUUCAUAUUCUGGGUGGUCGCUUACGGGAGGUUUGACUUUACUUACAAUGUUUAUUUUAUUACGUUUAGGCAAAAUGAGAGAAGUUCAAAGGUUUUUGUCAAGAAUAUGUGCGCACAAGGUAAAAAGAUUCAAAAGUUAAUCACUUUGAUUUGACUGUCUGUCUAUAAGAAAUAUAUGUUUUUGAUUUUGUUUUUUAAAAUUCAUAACGAAAAAUUAAAAAAACAUGAAUUAACAGCAUGUCAAAAUAACACUUUCUUAACUCCAUGACCACAAGUUGAGACAUAUUUUUUGCAUGCUAACAUUAUAGCAAAUAUUUUCUCCAUUUUAGGUUUUAAGGAAGCAUCGUCUUUUGAACUUGUUUUUAACUGGUGAAGGACAGGUAUGGUAAAUCCAUAAACGUGUCGUUCAUUUUAAAUUGCCAGCUGCUCACAGUCUGCAGUCAAACCUACAUGUAGUGGUCACCCUUGGAGAAUGACCAAGUGACUGCGUAAUACAGGUGAACCAUUUAAUACAGGUUUGACGAACCAAAGAGUUGAUCAAGAAAAUAUUAAUAAUGAUGAUGACAAAGCAUAACUCAAAAAGUUGACCUCAAAGUGUUUCUACCUUGUACUUCUACUACUGUGGCCGAGCAAGAGCCUGCCUUGAUUCAUCACACCUCUUCCAGGUCUCCUUAUCCAACAUAACUGUUCUCAGCUCUUCCGUGCUUUUCAAGCUGGUAUCGCUAUUAAGGUUAUCUAUAUAAGUAACAGCUGGUCUGCCCAUGCUCAUGCACCCACACAUUGGCUGCCAAAGUACUAGUUAAGAUGCUUCCUCCUCUGGGUGUCUAGCACAAUGGCCGGCUAGCUUCAGCCUUCUGAAACCCACUUUCGAUGACACUGGUGGUAAAUUACCAUAUAAUUCCUUGUUGAUCAAUUUAUCUUGCCAAGACACAUUUAAUACUUCUACCUCUUCUUGUGCCAAAAGAAAGGGAGUAAAAUACCACUGAAUGCCAUGCUCAGUGUAUCUAUUGCACUUGUAUCUUGGCAAAGUGACCGUUCAAUAGAGGUGAAAACAAUAAAGCUGGGACCACAGAAAAGGUGACCGCUUAAUAGAGGUGACCACCAAAAUAAUACAGGUCAGAUUUACAGUGAAUUUUGGGACUUAAGAAAGUGACCACUUAAUCAAGGGUGACCGCUCAAUGCAGGUCCUCUUAAUAACGACCAUUUAUUUUAAUAUUAAUUUUUUAGGAUAUUCAGAAAGCUAGGGAGGAACUCGAAAAGAAAAGAAGAAAAGAGGAUACUUCAGAACAUGAAUGUUUAAGGAAAGAAUCCUAUGAUCAAAAUGCUCCCGUAAUAAAGUGUCAGGUCAGUAGUCUGCCUACUGUUAUCCCUUUAAAUCCCAAGAUCGACGUUUAAAUUCUCAUUUGUGCUCCAUAUUCGUUUGCUGUAGAAAUAGUGGGGAAAAGUAAAUUUAUCUUGUGUGAUCAGUGUCCGUAAUUCUCAAGACCACUCUGAUAAAGCAUUGGCGUUACAAGGAGAAAUUUGAUGCUGAUCACUUGUAUGGUCGUUAUCAUCACCAUCAUCAUCACCAUCACCAUAAACACCAUUACUGUUUUAGAGUUGAAAAGCUACUGCUGUCUAUCUGUCUAAGCUCUGAAUUGGCGUUGUCAAUAUUAUUCUCUAGUAUAUUAAUUUUAUUUGUUAUCAUUUUCAUCACCAUUCUCCUUUCUUUUGUUGUUGUUUUGUGUAGUACUUGUUUUAUUUUGUUAUUCUUUUUGGGGGGUAGCUCACAAGUUUGGGAUAUCUGUCAGGACUGUGCUCUGGCCCCUGGCACCUUACUUUUUCUCUUGGGUGACUAGAAAAUUUUAGUUUUUUCAUACUAAUCAUAAGCUGGGCACCCUAGAUUUUACAGGUUCAGAGCACUUGGCUCUCUUGAAUUUUCCUUAGAGCACAGCCCUUGUGAUUGUAACACGUCACUAGGUUUAUGGACACAAACCUGAGUGGUUUAAAUAAUAAUAUAAUAAUAAAUUAUUAAAGCUGUAAUUUUCAUGGUUAACAAAUAUCAUUUUGACGUUCUCUUUCCAUAAAUUAUAGAGAUACUUGGGGCAGUUUUCUGAUAACCUUGAGGGAUUAAUAACUCAUCUUCAGGACAGUUUAAACAAGAACACAACAGGUAUUAACAAUAAUUAGCUGAGAGGUCAUUGUCAGCAUGUUGUGUUGUUUCUUGUAAUUAAUGUUUUUUGACUGUUUUUUAGAUGGUCCUGGUGUUUGGUUUAAAUCUUUGGCAGACUGUGAGCCAGCAGAUACAUACUUAAAGGUACAUUGUAUCCAUGUUUUAAUUUAUUUUUUCUUGUAUGCUGUACAUAACUCCAUUUAAACCGAGGCAUCAAUUUAUUAAAAUGUUUGUAAGUGUACAUUUAAUUUGCAAGUGUAUCCAUGCGUCUGAAAACAAUAGCCACACUUUAAAACUAGCUUAAACUGGAAGAAAUUUUACUCAAUUUACCCCAGUCAAAAACAAUUAAUCUUGUGCAAUCUUAAGUGAUAUUCACAUUGCUUGAUUGAUACAUGUUUGGCCUAAGCAUCAUUGAAACUAGCUAGUUUCAAUCUCAAUCAGUUGAAACAAGUAAAACAUAGUGGUUGACAGUAGAGAGGUGAAGAAUUGAAAGAACCUAGUCCAUGGCUCUAUGAGGAAAAAGAAUUUUUAGUACAAUUUGGGCUGACAAAGAAAUUCAAUACCAGUUAUCAGGCAUGGGCUGCAAGCAAAAAUAAUGUGUUAAUUAAUUUGUUCUUCUUGUUUUAAUUUUCCUGUAGAUAGCUGCAGAAGCUCUUAGCAAAAUCUGCAUUGAGUUGGAAAAUAAUAGAGUAUGUAGCAUUGCAAGAUAUGUUGUAUUUAAAUAUUUUCAGAGGUGGAUCUGCAUUUUCUGGGGAUUUCUUGUUUCUUGUUACCAAUACUUCAAUCCUCUCCUCGCAUCCUAACUUUUCUCUCAUUUAAAUUUUGUAGGAAACAACAGAAGAAAAACUCAUCGUGAAUGAUUUGGAGAGUGUCAAUCACUAUGUUAAAAGUGCCAUGGUUUGUGGUUUUAUUCAUUUAUAUAUAUAUACUUCUGGUUUCAUUUACAGUUACUUACUGUUUACUGGCUUUGUAGUCAACCAGUGAUUUUGUUACCUCUAUGUCCUGCGACCCUGACGCAUAAAAAUCCCCAAAGAUGCAAAAUAAUUCAUGUCAUACAUCCUAUAGGAUGCAAAGAUCAUUCAAUCGAUCUAAACAUGUGUAUUUGUAGAAAUAUCCCAUUCGUGUAAUUUCUGUUGCAUUUAUUAUGGCUUUUGUUUAACGAUGCAUAUUUUUUAGCCUUUGUUUUGCUCUAAAAUAGAAAGACUAUAUUUUAAUAAUACAGUAUCAGUGUGCAAAGAAAGUAGUGUCCGAUAGCCCGGGGCUGGUGGAUUUUGCUAUCGGGCUAGUGAAUUCUGUUUUUAACUUGCCCAAUGGGCAAGUGAUGUUUUUUGAAGAAUUCGAAAAACAGAAGAACUGUGAAACCAAUUGUGCUCAUCAAAAAGCUUUUGGGGCUAGUUGAAAUUAAGUCUGGGCUAGUAAUGCUAGCUUCAGCUUGCCCGAAUGGCAAGCUGUAAAAAUGAGUUCUUUGCACCCUGCAGUAUACUGUAAUAUAGAGUUCUGGAGUCUGUCUUCAGAUAAACUGUCUUGUUACAUAAAGUCCCAAACAUUUUCAAUUUCGGACUCGUUUUUUUUUUAACUGGGACUCAUGAUUUUUCACAAGAUGAGUCCCAGGACUCACCAUAACAUAUUUGUAACAAAAUCACUGGUCGACACCAUCAUCUGAUAAACAAUGAAUCUUUGUAAAGAAGAUUUUAUAGCUUUACAGUCAAGCCAGGUCAAGCAUACCCCCCCCACCCCCCCAAGAUUACAUUAAUGAAAUUUUCUUUGAAAGUUAAAUCCAUUUAUCUAGUAAACAUAGAUUUCAGAUUCAUCUAUGCAUUCCUGCACGAGUAAUAAGAAGUGAAUUCACAAGCGAGGUUAACAUAAUGAAAUUCCUACUUGUUCAGUUUUCUUGAAUUUGAUAUAAAUUAAUAUAAUUUAACUUAACUUGAUUACUAGAAUAUCUUUUGAUUAAAAUAGGCACUUCUUCAAAGGAUACAAGCAGCAGUAGAAAAGUUCCUGUACUGGGAUGAAGAAGUCAGGGCUUAUGAACAAAUGAAGGUAGGUGAUGAUGUCACAGAAAAACAUCUUUCUUAGCCAUACCAAUACUUGGUGAAGUUUUGUUAAUGGAACAUAAUUGUCAGUUAACCAAAUUGUCUGCCAUAAUGACUCCAUGUAGUGCAUGCCCAAAAUCUUUAUCAUUGUAGUUGCUUGUUUGGCAAGGAGUGAAUAGCUUGCCUCAUCUUGCAUCAUAAGCUUGAUCUGUUUUGCAUCAGCAAUUUGUCCCUGUUGCCUGCUACCUGCUGAAAAUAUACUACCAACCAGGGAAUCUUCCAGUAACAUGAUGGGAAAUAAAAUAUUAAAGACUUACUUGCCCGGGCAGUAGAAACAUAUUAAACAAUGCCUAUCACAGGUCAACUCAACAAGCACUCCAGGGGAUGUUUGAACAUGGACUUGAUUGUACAGUAAACUCUUUCUAAACUGCCUUUACGUGUCCGAUCUAGAGAGAUGUCUGUGUUAUAGAGAGUCAAAAAAGGCUUGGAGUAAUGAAAGGCAGGGACCAACUGAAGGUGUCUGUUUUAGCGACGUGUAUGUCUGAUAGAGGUGUCUGUUAAGAUAGAUUUGACUGUAUUACUAUAUUGAGACCUUCUCUUAUGUUUUCCUAGACAACAGACCUUUGUCAUGCUGUGGCCAUUUUGUCUCAGGAGAUUUAAAAAUCUUUGUUUAUGUAUGGCUAACCUCUUUCUCUCUACGAGGCUAGCCAUGUAUAAACAUAGCUUUUUUAAUGUCUUGGGACAAAAUGGCCGCUGCGUGACAAAGGUCUAUAUAAUAUUUUUUGUUUAAUUCAAUACUUUUUGAUGCAGAAGCCUUUGUCAGAGGGUGAAUUGGAUACUGGCAAUCAAACACAGAAAUGGGCAGAGGUGAGCAUAUCUCAUGUCUAUUCAGCAUUCAAAGAUAGUCAUUUCCUAUACUUACUGUUGUCUGGGGCUAGAGUUGAUUUUGCAUGACUUUACCUGGUUCAUGUUGAGACCUUGACGCAGGAUUUUCUCAAAUUUGUUUUGUGCGAUUUCUAAACGUUCUUUUAUGUGCAACAUAUGUUAAAAGUCUUAAAUCAUGCUUGCAUUAAAUUUUUGAAUAAAUUGAUGUUUAAAGUAAGUUUCAGACUAAUUCCUGACAAACCCUUAUUAAGCAGCCAACCCGCUAUCAAGCCGCCACUUUCCAUUUCCCCGAGGGUGGCCACUUAAUAGGGGUUCGACUGUAUUUUUUUUCUGUCCAUUGAUUAUUAUAAGGUGCUUCGAAAAUGUUUUUGGGGUAGAACAUCCAACAUGAAUUCACAAUUUGCCUUGAAGGGCGAGCUGGAAAAUUUAUCUUCUUUCACCCUCCUGCUGAUAAUUUGAGUCUUCUUCAAACCUAACAUGUGGGACCCUAUUUAUACAUUGCCUGAUAAAGGAACACAUAACCCUUUAAGCCCCAAUAUCCAUGUAUAAAUUUACCAGGCUGAUCUCAUUAUAUUUCCCUAAAGAAUUAGUUGGCAGUCAUUUCAUUGACUCUCAUAAUGUUCUGUCUUUAUGAUGUAUUGAUGUUAGUCACGCGGGAGAAAUUUGAUGUUGGUCACCUUUGGGACUUACAGGGUUAUUAAAACCUUUCUGAGUACUCUGUAGAUUUGUAGCAAUGACACUGAUGUUUUAGUCAAGUGUUCUCUUGUAAUUGAAGGCAAAUUCUAACUGUGCCGAUGCCAAAACCAAGCUGGAGCAUCUGUGUAAAGACCUGUCCCCAGAGCUGGCCCACUUUGACUGGAGGAAAGAAGUGGAAUUACGGGAAAUAUUGAUUGAAUAUUCAGCACUAAGAUCAGAACAUUUUGAAAAGGUAUGUGUAAGGAAUUCCAAAAAUUAUAGUACCGGUAGAUAAAAUUUUGGAUCAAUGUAGGUUUCUGGGAAACUGCCCACCUACCCCUCCCCUAAGCCAUCAUUUUGCCCUAAGCGAGAAGUAAGUGUUAAUGUUAGCUUCGGAGACAGGUAGGUGGGCAGUUUCCCUGAAACCCAAAUUGAUCCAAAUUUUCCAGGAGAGAGUAGCCUUUGAUCAGACUCUAUCUCCAGUUUAAUAUUGGAAGAGUUAUUGAGUUUGCUUAUAAGCAGCACUAAAAUUUUUGCAUGAUUGUGGGUUAUGGCAAGAGAAGUGUUUCUUGAAACCUGAGGUCUCAAAGUGAGGCCAAUAGGCCAUUUCCGAGUUGUGUUAAGCCUCUGCUUCAAAGUGAGGCUAAGUGCGAAGCCAUUGAUAUGGAAAUGUUUUUUUUCUCAUGCUAAUAAAACUCAUUUUCACAACAAAGGUUUUGCACUUGGUCUCAUUUUGAAAGUGAGAGUUUUUGGAACUCAGAAGUGGCCUAUUAACAGACCUGCAUUUUGUAUAGGUAAUGGCAUGAUUUUUAGUGAUAUUUGGCGUAAAUACCACCAGUGAUAUUUCGAAAUUGUUAUAUAUAAUUUAGGCAAGUGAAAUUUGAGAUUAUAUUACGAGUGGUACUUAUGCCAAAUAUCACGUACAAAUCAUGUUAUUAUUUGUUUAUACUACUACCUGCCAAAGUUUUGUAAUUUUCACAUGUAGGUAUUUCAAAUUAAGCUGAAAUACCACUGCUCUAAGCCAAUCAAAUUGCAGAAAUUUCUCAUGAAGUAGUAUCAGGGGAGAAACCCUCUGGUAGACUCCAUCCAGGAGGGAGUCCCCCCACCCCCAUGUGAAGUAACUAUUGUUUAUAACUGCUUUUUGUUACUUAACCCAUUCGCUCCUGGAGAUUUUGCCAAAAAACGCGUUUUGAAGCUAGUCGAGUAAUUUUCUGGUCACUGUCGUGCUAUAAAGAUCUAAAACUUACCUUCUGAUCCAGAUGCAAAAUAUCAGCUUGCGAAGUUCGGGCAUGCGCAGAAAGUAAAAUUUCGAGAUAGUUUUUGGGUUUAAAAGUGACACAGCAGUCUUGACUUUUACUUUUUGCUUUCUCUCCUCCCUUCUUUUUUCGCUUUUCUUGCCUCAUUUUUUUUGUCUCUUGCUGGGCAUUUAGUAGGCUUCAUUUUGGUGGGAAGAGUUUUUAGGAAAGCUUCUAGGAUCUUAGGAUUAGGUGAAAGGAAAGGUAGGUGAGCAAUGGAACAAGAUUUUCAUGGAGAUUUUCAGGUCAAUGUUGCGUGGUUUUUUGCUUCUUUCUCCGGUGUCCUUGACUGAAUUGUGCUCAUUCUGGUAUGGUUUGAAAGAUCUUUCCACCUGCACAAGUUAGCAAAGAAAGUUGUCCUUGACCGUUAAAACUGAUGACAUCACAAAGGGUAGGAAGGGACUGGAUCCACACGGGUGGUUAUGGACGGUUCAGGGGCGAAUGGGUUAACUUGUUGCAGUAACACAAGGGAGACUUGUAAGCAGUACUUGAAAAAAUUUCACCCUUAGUUUCUUUGGUUCAAUUUUCCCAAACUGGCCAGUUGAUGCUUAAUAUUGAUUGUGAUAAGCGAGCAACCAUUUUCAGUAUUUAGAAUAAAAGAUAUUAUUGUUUUUGUAUAUUUAGGUUCAAAGUAAAUGGUUUGGAGUGAAGCUCAUGGUGGAUGCGCCGGUACCUGUGGAGGUGCGAGCUAUUAAGUGUGUCGAGGACUCAUGACAUGAAUAAUGGAUGAAUAAUAGCACUGGUCAAGGUGUAAUGAUAAUCAGGGGCCAAUCAUGAGGUCAGUAUGCCUGAUCUGAACAAGCUUGGUCCUUAAAGACUUCGGUGUAUUUAUGGCUAAGAGGCUACUGAACAGAACUUAGGGUAACGGAGUUCCAAGCUGGUGAGAUCACCAAGGUCCAUUUUGCUUGCUUGGGUAGGUAAUCGGAGCACAUGGCUUGCUUGCUUCAUAUUGCCUGACUGUUUAGCCAGUUAUGUAAUAAUAAUUUCUUUAACCCGUUCGCUUUUGGGAAUUUUUCGAAAAAUGCAUUUUGAAACCAUUCAAGCCAUUGCCUGGUCAUUGUUUGGCUAUAAAGAGCUAAAAAUAACCACAAAGCUGUUUAUUGGUUGCUGUCUUCUGAUCCAGACACAAAAUAUGAGCUUUCAAAGUUUGGGCAUGCAGAGAACUCAUAUUUUCGAGUUAGUACAAGAUUUUAAGGAAAUUUUUGGGUCAAUAUUACAUGGUUUUUGCCUCUUUCUCUGGCCCCCUUGACUGAAUUGUGCUUAUUCUCGUGUGGUUUGAAAGAUUUCUUCACCCUGCUCAAGUUAGAUGACAAAGUAAUUGUCAUUGAGAAUUAAGGUGGAUGACAUCCCAAGUGGAUGAAGGGAUGUGAAUCCACUUGGGUGGUUGAGGAGCGAAUGGGUUAAUUCACUCUUUUAGUCUGUUAUUUUCAGUGUUAAACUGCAAAUUCUCUUUGUUUCUAAUACACUGAUCAUUCUUUGGCAAAAAAGAAGUAAGAUGUUGAAACAUUAAGUAUUCUCCUUGUUAAGUCAUCUCCUUGGGAACCUUCUUGUUAUUAAAGAUGUAUCAAUAGAUAAAGUUAGGUAGUUUAAUGUAUGAAAAUGAUAAGUGAAAUUAUGAUAAUAUAGACUAUGAAUGACUUUUUAUAUACAGAAUUGGACUCAAAAAUUACAUUUUUAAGAGAGCCAAGAUUAUAGGCACAAAAUAUCAAUGGAAUUUAAAGGCCAGUUCGCAUGAAAAUCUAUUUGGUUGUACAAAGUUAAAAAAAGAAAAAGUUCAGUGAUAUAAAACACAAUCUAAUACUAAUACGUUGUGGAAAAUCAACAGACAUUUGUGCCAUAUAUAAUAUUAUUAUGAGUCCCUUUUACCAGUAAAAAGAUUAGUAAUAUAAGGAAAAACGUUAUUUUCCCCAAGUCUCCUAAUACUUGUCGCAACAUCUGAGUUGUUGAUUACGUACAGUGUAUGACAAGUUCAAUAAUUUACUGAUAAUAAGACAGUAGAGAGGUUUAACGUCAUCAUCUUAUGGCAAACAUCCACUUUUGUUUUUUCGGCUUGGCUGUUCAUUUUCAUUUCGGUUUGCAUAUCAAUUUCACUUGCACCCAGAUGGAUAAAUUAUCACUAAGAAAUUAGAACUUCUUAGUGAAAAAGGAGACAGCAAAAUUAAAUGUGAGCAGUUGGAAAUAAAUGAACAAGAAAUAGAAGUCUGCUGUUUGCCAUGAAUAUGAUGGUUGAUCACUCUAGUAUUGUAGAAUACACUCAUGAAGUACAUUAUUUACAAGCUCAUAGACUGUUCACAGUCCCCUAUUUUUCCGUGUGAUCGUCGAGAUCGAGGGCGUCUUACCGUUAAUGGCAGCCAUCUUGAUUUUUAGAUGUACCAAGGGGGCGGGCGUUGGGGAUUAUAGCUCUAGUGAUACUCUUCCCCAGGUCAGACUCGGUACAACUGAAAAUCAAGAUGGCCGCCAGUGCUAAUUCACCUUUGUCACAGUUUUCUUUGCUACAGAUUCAGUCUCCUGUACAGUUCAGGGUGCAAAGAAAGUCAGUUUCACAGCCUGCCAUUCGGGCAAGCUGUAGCUAGCAUGUACUAGCCCACAAGUCAUUUCAACUGGCCCCAAAACCCUUUUUGAGUGGCAGGAUUGAUUAGCCCUUUUGUAAUUUGAAUUUUCCCCAAAAAAAGCACUUGCCCAUGGGGCAAGUUAAGAACAAAAAAUCACUUGCCCAAUAGCAAAAUCGACUAGCCCCGGGCUAUCGGACACGACUUUCUUUGCACACUGCAGUUGUUUUGCAAUUGUUCUUGGAAGCAAAGUUAUGUUACUGUAAGGAAGACUAAAAAAAUAUUAUUGUCAAUGUUCACUACUAUGGUCUUAAACAUCCUGGCAUCUCAAAAUUAAUGUGAGAAUUGUUAAGCUUCAAUUUCAAUUUACAGAGAAAUCAAAAUUUAUUAAUUUAAAAGAAGUGAACUGGCUAUUAUUAAUUUUUUGGGAAGUCUUGAAGUGACUCCAAAACUGACACAUCUCAUCUCUCAAACUCUCGGAUAUUUUGGAUUUUACAUGAGUGCCUCUUCUGGUGUGUAAAGUA